AUGUAUGACAUGUUGUGGACAAAACUCGAGGAGGUCGAAACUGUAUUUGAGAUAAUGGAACAACUACAAGAACAUUUGGGUCACAAAUCAGGGCAAGCUUGUUUAAAAGCCACCAAGAAGUAUGUGAAUGCUAGGAUGGUGUCAACAAUUCACGUUCCUGAUCAUUUUAUCAAAAUGGCAAACUACUUCCAGGAAGCUGAGCUACGUGGAGCCAUCAUUGAUGAGGAAACUCACAUGGGGUUUAUCCUUAAUAGUCUUGCUCCUACCUUUCUGACAUUCACCACCAACUACUUCCUAAACAAGCUAAAUUAUGGAAUGACUCAACUUCUGAAUGGGCUACAAAUGUAUGAAGCUAUUAAUGGUGGACCAAGUAAAGCUUCAGCUUCGAAGGGCAAGAAGAGGAAACAAAAAAAGACCGAAAAGGCCAAGGCCCCAGCUACUGCAAAACCUGUUGGAGGUGCUGCGAAAUGUGCUGGAGGUGCUGGAAAACGCAUUGGGGCAAAGCCCUCUGCUAAGAAGGCCAAAUGA